AUGGACUCAGCAGCGCCUUUGAAUUUGGUUAUAACGGAUCUAAAAUCUUAUAAUUUAAAUGAAUUAGAAGAUAUAUAUCCACCAUGGGAGUAUUAUUUACAAGACGUCAAGGAUAAAGAGAAAUGGACGCCGAACCCAGAACUUUCAGACUCGUGCCUGGUGUCGCUGUCCUCAAGUAACAUAAUUAAUAAAGGUUCCCAAUCGAGAUGUUCUUUAGAAGAUUCAUGCUAUGAAAUGUUGACUGAAGGGAACAAUUUUGGUUACGCCUUAACUCAUAGAUUGUUGUUAUUAUUAGUGGCUGAUCUAGGACGCGGCUGUUCUAUACUCUCGCCAAAACAAGAUAAGGCUCUAAAGUAUAAAUACUGUUCAAUGGCAUACGCUGAAGUGGAAUACAUAGCGAUGAACAAAUAUGAAAUUGCCGAUUUGAUGAUGGAAAUUAUGUGUCUUUGUUCGCUGGAUGGGCACGCUCAAUUCCUACGACGUAGCUGGCUACAACAUAUGUUAUACUUUCAAAAACCUCUAGGAUGCUUUGGUACUACACCUACUAGUUCAGAAAGGAUAAGCUCAGUUGACGGCCGAAGAUUCGGAUUUAAUACAAGAUAUGAGAAUGGAUCCGAAGAGGAAUGUAAUAUUCACGCAACAGCUGUGGCUUCGGGAAUCUUUUCGGUUGCGAUUAGGUAUAUUGUACAAGAAUACUAUUAA